AUGGGGAGACAGAAUCUAACGGUGCCCACUGACCUCAUUCUGAGUGCAGUCUCCAGCCUGCCUGAGCUGCAGCUCCCCCUUGCCUGGAUUUUCCUCAUCAUCUACAUGAUUACAGUUACAGGCAACCUGGGCAUGAUCAUUCUGUCCAAGCUGGAUUCCCACUUAUGCACACCAAUGUAUUUUUUUAUCAGACACCUGGCUUACAUUGACCUUGGAGAUGCCACCACCAUUUAUCCCAAAAUGCUGGUGAAUUUUGUUAUGGGUCAAAAUACCAUUUCCUAUCAUGCUUGUGCCGUACAGAUGGCUUUCUUCAUCACGUUUAUUAUCAGUGAACUUUUCGUCUUGUCAGCCAUGGCCUAUGACCGCUACGUGGCCAUCUGCAACCCUCUGCUCUACAGCGUCAUCAUGUCCCAGAGACGUUGCCAUGUGCUGGUGGGCAUUCCCUACCUCUACUGUACCAUGCAGGCUCUGAUGAUCACUAGUAAGAUUUUUCUAUUGACUUUCUGUAGCUCUCACGUGGGUCACUUCUACUGUGAUAAUGUUCCUGUGUUACUUAUGUUGUGUUCAAAUGCACGAGAUAUAGAAUUACUGAUCAUCUUAUUUUCAGCGUUCAAUUUGAUCUCCUCCCUCCUCAUUGUUCUUCUGUCCUAUGUGCUGAUCCUCUCAGCAAUUUGUCGGAUGAAGUCUGCAGAGGGAAGGAGGAAAGCUUUCUCCACCUGUGCUUCCCACCUGACAGUGGUGGUGGUCUUCUACGGGACUCUGCUGUUCAUGUACGUGCAGCCCAAAUCCGCUCACUCCUUUGAAACUGAUAAACUGACUUCUGUCUUUUACACGUUAGUGAUCCCCAUGCUAAACCCUUUAAUCUACAGCUUCCGGAACAAAGAGGUAAAAAAUGCCUUCCACAGGGUUGUUAGGAAUCCAUGUGAAACUCGUCUGUAG